GUCACGUCAUGCGUCAUACGUCACGCGUACGAAGUAAACGUAACAGGCAAACGAUUGCAGAAAAUCAUAAUUUAGAAAACCUAAUACUAAACUGAUUCUGGAAUAUUUCACGGCUGCAUAUAAUGUAAACGAGAUGAAGCAUCGAAAAGAGCAAGUGGAGCGGUGAGCGAAAUGUCGAUAGAGUACGUCCCGGUGAGUGAGGGCGAGCAGGACGAGCCCAUCGAGUUGCCAACUGAAGAAGACGGCUCGCUGCUACUGAGCACGGUAGCAGCGCAGUUCGCCAGCGCCAGUGGCCUCAAGUACCGAGCGGGCGGCCGUCUGCGCGGCGUGCGGCUGGUGGACGAGCGCCUGUCGCCGCCGGCGGAGGGCUGGGCGGCCCACCGCUACUGGUGCGCAUUUCCUCGAGCCUCGCCCUCGCCUACGCCCCGGCCGCGCUGUUCCGACCUCAUCGUCCUCGGAUUGCCUUGGAAAACGGGCGAGGAUGCCGUGCGAGAGUACUUCUCCGCGUUCGGCGAGCUACUCAUGGUGCAGGUGAAACGAGACGUCAAAACCGGGCUAUCGAAGGGCUUCGGUUUCAUCAAGUUCGGCGAUUACGAGGCGCAAGUGCGAGCCCUCGGUCGGCGGCACAUGAUCGACGGGCGCUGGUGCGACGUGCGCAUCCCCAACGGCAAGGACGGCGGCGCGACCGCGCACCGCAAGGUGUUCGUGGGUCGCUGCACCGAGAGCCUGACUGCAGAAGACCUGCGCGAGUAUUUCGGCGCGUUCGGGCAGGUGACGGACGUUUUCGUGCCGCGGCCCUUCCGCGCGUUCAGCUUCGUCACUUUCCUCGACCCGGAGGUGGCGCAGUCGCUGUGCGGGCAGGACCACAUCAUCAAGGGCGUGUCGGUGAACAUCUCGACGGCGUCGCCGAAGCGCGACCGCAGCGAGCGCAACUCGCAGCUGCUGGGCUGGGGGCUGGUGGAGGGCGGCGCGCGCGUGUUCAACUGGCCGGCGGGCGACUGGCCGCCCGCGCAGCCGCCCGCCCACGCGCCGCCCUCGCACGCGCCCCACGCGCCCCACGCGCCCCAUGCGCCCCACGCGCCCCUCGACACCAAGCUCUACCUCAAGUAUGAGUGACUCCUUGUAAAUAUUGUCCAGUGUCGCCUGAUACUUUACUUGUUGAUCGCUGUCAAAUUUUAUAUGAAACUAAAUGUGUAAAUAAUAUAAUAUAGUAUGGAGUUGUCUAUCUGCAUUUCAGUUGUAAUGUUGUUGGGAAUGAAACACAAAUACUAAUAUAAUUAGUAAUAUUAAGAAAUCAAAAUAUUUAAAAUGCAUCAACAUGCAUUUGUUACUUUUUUUAUAAGUAUCCACAGAAUGUUAGAAACAAAAGUCAAACCUGUUGCAGAUUUGCUGACAAUCUGACUCGGUGGUAGUUGUGACAAAUACAUAGUAUUGUAGCUACCCAAUACAUGACUAAAUUGAAUAUUAAAAUUUCAUGGUUAGUGCACACAAAACUAAUAUCUCCAUGGGCUCCGUAGCCCCCAAACCCCAGGAAAAAGUGUUGACAAAAGUAAGAACUUUGUGUGAAAAUGUAAAAUAAUCAGGCUGACUUUGACUAAAUUAAAUUAGGGUUGAAUCUAAAUCACAUAAAACAGAUGUCCAAUUAUUAUGUGAGAAUAGAUAGAGAGUAAAUAUUUAGAAAUAUAUUAGAAAAUUACAUACAGAAAUUUCCAAAAUAGCAUUGAUAUACAUAUUACAUCUGUUGAAUGUGUAUUUGAUCUGAUCCUGAUGUGGUUGUAUCACAAGUCGGAGUACAGUACAGAUUGUUAUCAUAUUCAACCUUAACCAUAGAUUUUCACUACAAAUUAAAAUUUUAUUUACUAUGGUUGAAAACUAAAACUGUACAUUAAAUAUUUUUGUAAUCUAAAACCAUGGU